AUGACGUCCAUUCCCUCUGGCCGUCUCAACCCCUCAGCGCAGAACGGCUUCAGCAAUGCCGCCCUGUAUGACAAGCAUCGCCCUUCGUUCCCCGCCCACAGCGUUUCUGUCCUGCUCGACGGCGUGCGCGUCAAAGACAGUCCUCAAGCCACAGUAGUGGAUCUUGCGGCGGGCACCGGCAAGUUCACUGAGCUCUUGGCCGCCAGAGAUGAGGGGUACAAGAUCAUCGCGAUUGAGCCGCACGCCGACAUGCGCAAGGUGUUAGAAGACAAGCACCUCAAAGGCGUCAGCGUCCAGGAUGGUCUCUCUACCGAUAUGAAGUUCUUGAAGGAUGAGAGUGUCGAUGCUGUUAUAGCUGCCCAGGCAUUCCACUGGUUCGCCAACAUCGAAUCUCUGGAAGAGAUCAAUCGUGUACUACAGCCUCACGGCGUCUUCGGCAUGAUUUGGAACAUCGAAGAUUACAAUGCACCAAAAUCCCAUGCCGCAACCACCACCUGGGAGCAAAAGCUCCAGGACAUGAUCCUUUCUUUCGACGACAACCAGCCUCGUUUCCGCCACGAAACUUGGCGUUCAGUCUUUGACUCCCAGUUGUCUUCUAACCCCCUGUCAAUCACCUCAUCUGCUGAGCCUCUUUUCGCGCUGCCUCUUGCUGAGAAUACGGAGAAGUGGAGUGUUUGGUUGAGCGAGGAGGCGCUUUGGGAUAGACUUAGUACAUUGAGCCAGAUUGCUGUGUUGGAGGGUGAGGAGAGGCAGAAGGUGAGGAAGGUACUUGAGGAUGCACUGAAGGAAGAUGAUGUGCAGAGAAAUGAGAAGGGGGAGGUAGAGUUGCACGGUAUGACUGUCGCAGCAUGGACGACCAAGAUCCCGCAGAAGGGCGCCGAGAGUCUGUUGACUACAGUCAAGGAUGCUCUGGCUGGCAGAACUUGA